AGACAAAGCACAACAAUGCCAGUGCUCCAGACAGCCUUGGAACAGGAGAAGAACAUGGUCUAGACUGAAGUAACAAGAACAUUUUUUCAUUUUAAAAUAUCAACUACACCAUCAUGGAUUCAAACUCUGCACACAAUCCUGUGUUUCUUGUAUUUCCUCCGGAGAUCACUGUUUCCAAGUUUCAGUCACCAGAGUUUAUAGCCACAACCUAUGAAUCCAGCGGCCCUUUUCCAAAAUCACUUACCACAAAAAUGAAAACCUUAGGGGCUAUCCAGAUCCUGUUUGGACUGCUGAACUUUUUCUUUGGAGUUGUUUUCCUUUUUACCCUUGAAAACCCAUACCCAAGGUUCCCCUUUAUAUUUAUUUCAGGAUAUCCAUUCUGGAGCUCUGUUUUGUUCAUUAAUUCUGGAGCCUUCCUAGUUGCACUGGAAAGAAAACCCACAGGAAGCCUGGUGAAGACAACCCAAGCAAUGAAUUCUCUUAGUGCCUUGGCAGCAACGGCUGGAAUUAUUCUCAUCGCACUUGGUCUCGUUCUAGAUCAAAACUACUUUUGUGGCCAUGAAGACACAAAUAGCCAGUGCCAGGCCAUUAAUACCCUAUUCAUUGGAAUUUUGAUUAUGUUGAUGGCCUUCAGCGUUAUUGAAUUAUUCAUCUCUCUGUCUUUCUCAAUUCUGAAGAGAUGCUUUUAUUGUUGCAACUGUGACUAAUGGUGCUGAAGCAUACUGUGGGAAUAAAGAUGUGUUACAAUCUUUAGGUCCUCCUCUCCCUCAAUCACAUGAUCACCUUGCUGUUGCCUCCUGUUAUUCGUGCAUCUGCUGAGCAACACAGCAUCGCCACCGUACAAAUAGAGAAAUGAGCCAAAGCCCACGGUGUGGGGGUGAGCAGGUCCGUGACGUCUCCCGCCGAUCUCUCCAAGAGACUCUACCUAACGGCUCCUUCUCCAUGGUUGUAUGGAAAAAUGAGGUGGUCUGGAAGAAUGGCUCGACCCACACAUUUUACAAUGAUCCUGCAAGAUCAUUAAUGUUAGCCACUCAUAAUAACCAGAAUAGUUAACAAUGAAGGUAUAUAUCGGUAAAAGCCACUAGAGCGGUCCGGGCACUGUGCUAACUGUUUUAGGUGUGUUACUCAUUGAACCUCACAAAAAGUCUAAGAGGUGAA